AUGGCUGAUCAUGAUGAAAGUUCACAAAUAUGGACCAUCGAAGAAGGUCAAGAAUACUUAGACGACUUGAUAAGACUUCUACGGAAUCCAAAAGUUAGCGUCGACGAAACGGUUGAUACUGGGCACAUCAACGGAACUGCGAUCCAUAUCCCUGUCCAAUUCCAGAAGGGAGAAUCUGUCACGAAAGCCAUGGUCUGUUGUAAAGAUUUCAUCAACAAGAAGCAGCCGGGCAGCUUGUUCAUUUACGAUAGUUCUCUCAGUCUACGAGCUCCCAGAGAGUCGCAAAACUCCGAUGACACCCAUCUCACCUGGACCUUGUGCAGGGGCCUCAGAGUGACUCCAUUGUCACUGGCCUGCAGCACUCUGGUAGAAGACUUGCGAUGCGUUCAAGUCAGGCAACAUAAUGAGCAUCGGAACAUCAUCAGCCUUGUCUUCUAUUGCGGUCGAGAACCACACCAACGCGGCGUGAGUACAGGACUGCUCAUGAUACGCUCUCUCUUGGCCCAGAUCUUCGACUACAUCCGCGCGUUUAUAAUUGAAUACAAAGAUGUCAUAUCGGUUGGACACGAAUUCCGCGAGGAAGUUGAGACAGAUGAUCUCGAUCAACUAUGUGGAAUGCUCGACAUAGUGAUCCGAACGCUCCCUCCAGUGAAGGAUCAUCAGCAGCCAGAGCGAAGGAUUGUCUGUUUCAUUGAUGGUGUGGGUUCUCGCAGGGACGUGGAGGAUUCUUCCGGAGUAAUUAAGGUCAUACAGACCUUAAUGAAGAUGGUCCGUCUGAGUGACACUGGCGAUGACUACGUACCGACUUUCCAACUGAUCUGUACGAGUCCUCAUCUAACCGACUGGGAUGAUGCACUCUUCCCAAGGGAGGGUUUCAAAAGUCCUGAUGGGCACCAGAAUCUGUGCUUCAAAGUCGAAUUUGGCAAGCAUGACGGCCCCAUGAAUUCGUUGCCCGCUUUACAUCGAAUGUGCAUCAAGACUCUCCAUCCCUACACCAAUGUGCAGUCAGGUGAAGUGCAUCCAUCUCAAGCCAAUGUCUCUGUUGCUGAGGCGCUGCACCUUCCAUGCUGCCAAUACACUAGCCCGUUCGCCUACAGGCGGUCACUGACCGACGGUUACACGUCCAAAGCUCAGCCACUCAUUGGUACUGGCAUGGUGAUUUGGUCAUUAACCCCUCUGAACAAGAAAUUUGCGGAUGAACUAUUCCGGCAACGCAGACUUGAACCUUCUCCUCCCCCACAAUUUCCUUCUGUCGAUCCAACUACGUGUAUCGUGGACGUACUGAAAUACACAUCUGCCGAUCCACCUUUUCAAGAGCACAGGCAAAAGUCUCAUGACGGUUUGUCUCCAACUCACCGCCUCCAAACAUUGUGGUAUUGCAGCUUGAAUAAUCUCAUACCCGAUCUUUGUUUACAAGGCUCCAUUUGGGCUGCAGCACAGCAAGCGCGUACCCACGACUUUUUCCUUCUAGCCAAGAUCGAUAUCGCCGCCAUCAAUAUUGGAUUUAUUGGUAAUCUCAACUUUCUCAACAAGUCGGAAUACUUCAGAUCAUUGCAAAUCUUGCUCGCCCCUGAUCUUGGUUACACAGAGACAUGCUACAUUGCCUUGAAGGAACGAUACAACCAAGAACGUGUAUUCGUUGAGCUUGGUUUGGGCGGUCACGAGGAUGACAAAGGCUACAAAGCAGGUCGAAGGCUAGUCGACAGUAUCUUCAACCAAUGUCAAUAUGAAAACUGGCUUGAUGGGGGUUCGGGGGCCAAUCGUUUUCUCUAUGAUAAGUCGCUUAAAUUUAUGAACGGUCCCCGAACCCAUCUCUCUGGCUACACUCUGAACUCCUUAUAUGGGGUCCAUGUGUACGACCUCGAGCUGAACGUCUCGAUGGACGACUAUGUUGUCACCCCCUUUUCGAUACUCUGCGCUGAGUUGGUCGGCGACAAAAACUUGAACUACUUCACCGCGAACGAAAUCAAGUACAUGUAUACCGACUUUAAGGCAAUGCUGGAAUCACCGGAAGUUGGAUCCCUCGCAUUAUGUGAGAUGUUUUUGAGUGUAGUCCGACUAGCAGAACCUCGGCUCAACGAGCGCGACAAAAAGAUGAUCUGCAUCAUCGACGGUCUCGGUACCCGCAACAGCCAUACGUACUCUGAAGAUGCAACAAAGAGUGUUAAGGCUUUGAAACUUUGUAGGAAAGUCAUUUAA